AUGUCGAAACUAUCUGCCGGUCUCAAGGCUCUCAUCAAUAGCCCGGCUGCACGCCCUCACACUGUCCCCGCGCCCAAGAAUAUCACCGCCAUCUACCAGGACAUUCAGCAAUCCGCCAAAGCCAACAAUGUGUCGCAACCCUCAUGGCUGGCCCUGUCAACAGCAGCAACAAUGACCAUGAACUCCCCCCGAAUCCCUCGCCGCCCUCUUCACUCUCUCGGUCUCAAAUGCAUAAGUUUCAACGGCAUCCCCCGAACAAUUAACAGCCUAAACGCCUUCAAAACAAGCCUCCCCGACCCAAUCGCCGCCAACCUCUCCAAAACCCCCACCCGCACACCCACACCAGAAAACAUCUCCGCAAUCAAAGACCGCGGCCACGCCCUCUGGGACUCAAUCUACCGCCCCUUCGAGAAAAAGCUCUACAACCGCCUCGCGGACUCACACCCCGAUUUGCCAGUCAUCAUUCUGAACAGCCACUACGGCGCUUUACUCUCGGACCCCGCGGAGCGUGCCGCCAGUACCAGCGCCAGCAGCAGUGCCGGUCGUGUGCUCACUUCUAUCGUUGCCAUUGCGUGUUUACGCGCGCAGUCGGGUGUUGCGCCGCAGGUUCUUUCGCACGUUUUUGGUCUGCGGAAGGCGCUGGAGGAUGGGUCUUGGGCGAGUGAUGUUGAGAGUGAGCAGGGGGCGCGGUGGUUGGCGAGUGAUGAGGGGAAUGAGUGGAUUUUGAAUAGUGUUGAUAAGAUUGUUAAGGCUAUUGGGCGGGGGCAGGGGUCGAACUUUGCUCCUACUGCGAAGUUGUAG